AGAGAGAGAAAGAGGGAGACGCGGAGGAGAGCAGCAGCCCCACCGAUCCUCAAGCGAGAGAGAGAGGCAGCGUCUGGAGCAAGAGCUGGGCGGGGAAAUAACUGCGGUACUGAAGAAAUACUUCAUUGCCGAACUGCAGAAAUUUGUCGGCAUCAGAACUUCGUCCGUGUAAAGCAAAAUGUCAUCGUCGGGAAAAGACAACAGCUCCCAGCAUGCGAAUUACGUGGGACCGUAUCGCCUGGAAAAGACGCUCGGCAAAGGACAGACAGGCCUCGUGAAGCUGGGAAUCCACUGUGUCACAUGUCAGAAAGUUGCCAUAAAAAUUGUAAACCGGGAAAAACUCAGCGAGUCUGUGUUGAUGAAGGUGGAAAGAGAAAUAGCUAUUCUGAAGCUCAUAGAACACCCUCAUGUUUUGAAGUUGCACGAUGUCUAUGAAAAUAAAAAAUAUUUAUAUUUGGUUCUAGAGCAUGUGUCAGGUGGAGAGCUCUUUGACUACCUGGUAAAGAAGGGCAGGUUAACACCCAAAGAGGCCAGGAAGUUCUUCAGACAGAUCAUCUCAGCGCUGGACUUCUGCCACAGCCACUCUAUAUGCCACAGAGACCUGAAGCCAGAGAACCUGCUGCUGGAUGAGAAGAAUAACAUCAGGAUAGCAGACUUUGGAAUGGCUUCUCUACAGGUUGGAGAGAGUCUCUUAGAAACCAGCUGUGGAUCCCCUCACUAUGCCUGCCCAGAGGUUAUAAGGGGGGAGAAAUAUGAUGGCAGGAAAGCUGAUGUAUGGAGCUGUGGAGUCAUUCUCUUUGCACUUUUGGUGGGUGCUUUGCCAUUUGACGACGAUAACCUGAGGAACUUGCUGGAGAAAGUGAAGCUUGGGGUCUUUCACAUGCCCCAUUUCAUUCCUCCAGACUGCCAGAACCUACUGAGGGGGAUGAUCGAGGUGGACGCCACCAAACGAUUCACGUUAGAACAGAUACAGAAGCACACAUGGUACAUUGGAGGGAAGAAUGAGCCAGAACCAGAACAACCGGUGCCACGGAAAGUGGCGAUCCGCACACUACCCUCUACUGAAGACAUCGACCCAGAUGUGCUUGAAAGCAUGUACUCGCUCGGCUGCUUCCGAGACAAGAACAAACUGAUGAAAGACCUGCUGUCAGACGAUGAUAACCAGGAAAAGAUGAUCUACUUCCUCCUGCUGGACCGUAAAGAGAGAUAUCCUAGCCACGAGGAUCAGAAUCUACCACCCAGAAAUGAGAUUGAUCCUCCCAGGAAGCGAGUGGACUCUCCACUCUUGACAAGGCACAACAAGAGGAGGCCAGAGCGCAAGUCUAUGGAGGUGCUGAGCAUGACAGAGGGUGGAUCUCCUGUUCCUGUGAGACGUGCCAUCGACAUGGCACAACACGGACAGAGUAAAUCUGUUUUCAGUAAAAGCUUGGAUAUCUCAGAUGCCAACCCCAUACUGCAAUGCAAGGAGGAGAGGUCCCGGUCCAUCAGCGGAGCCUCUUCUGGUCUGUCCACUAGUCCCCUCAGCAGUCCUCGGCCCAUGCGGCGGUUUGCCAUUCCGCCACAAUCCGCAGAACUCACUCAGUCACCCAACCACAGCCCCACCCACGCACCUGUGUCCCGGGUGAACGGCACAGGCCCCCACUCCCCCAAAACCUUUCAACCAAAGACAGUUGCCCUUCAGUCCAACAACAAAACCCAGACCCUUCCAGCCAAGCCCAAAGUUGCAGACAAGCCCCUGCAGGCCACCAGGUCCAACCCACUCCCUAACACGAUGGCCGUGCCAUCUGCGGCCAGGUCAGAACCUUCUACGCCCUGCCAACCCCUGCUCCCGCCGAUGCCCGGCAGCCCGAAAGUGCGCCGGCCACUGCUCACGGUGCCACCCAAACUCUCUGUUCCCCUUUCCCCCCUUUCACCCAUCCGGCUUCACCACCUUCACCCGCUGGCCGGGACUGACCACAACGGCAAAUCUAUCCCCACCAUACAGGUUACGCCUCACCCUUCCCCCAGGGGCAGCCCAUUGCCAACUCCAAAAGGAACGCCGGUGCACACGCCUAAGGAGAGCCCAGCAGGAACCCCUAGCCCUACGCCACCCCCCAGCCCCUCUAUUGGAGGCAUGCCGUGGAGAACACGCCUCAACUCCAUUAAAAACAACUUCCUUGGCUCACCACGUUUCCACCGCAGGAAACUACAAGUUCCCACACAAGAGGAAAUGUCCAGCCUAACACCAGAGUCUUCCCCCGAACUUGCCAAAAAAUCUUGGUUUGGAAAUUUUAUUAACCUCGAAAAGGAGGAGCAGAUCUUUGUGGUUAUUCGGGACAAGCCUCUGAGCUCCAUCAAAGCAGAUAUUGUACACGCCUUUCUCUCUAUUCCCAGCCUCAGCCACAGUGUGGUGUCUCAGACGAGUUUCCGGGCAGAAUACAAAUCCACAGCUGGCCCCACUGUGUUCCAAAAGCCAGUGAAGUUCCAGGUGGACAUCACAUAUUCCGAAAGCACGGCUGCCACCAAGGAGAAUGGCAUCUACUCUGUCACUUUCACACUGCUCUCAGGUCCCAGCCGACGCUUCAAACGGGUGGUGGAGACGAUUCAGGCUCAGUUGUUAAGUACACAUGACCAGCCUGGUGUCCAGCAGCUGUCUGGAAUUAUCCAGAAAACGUGUUAAAGCCCCAAGUCCUGCUCUUGCACAAGAUUCAUGUAUGGCACAUUGAUGGAGGGCACAUUACACAGGAAGUUCAGUACAAGCAGCUGAGGGAAACUCCUCAUUCUGAUGCAUCUAAACACCCCAAACACCAACAAGAUUCCUCAACUCCUUCCUCCUGCAGCUACUGUACAUACAGCCACACAUGUCCAAGGAUUUGGAGUGAAGCCUUAAAAUAAAGAUGUUUAUGAAUUCUCUCUAAGCUAACCCACAAUUCAUAUUUUUAUUUAAACAUAUAUAUAUUUUUUUUUAAUCCUUGCUCGUCUUCUUUCCUCCCCUCUCUGCUGAUGCACACACACACAAACGUACAUACCGGACAUCAUUACAAAUGGCGAGUGGAGCUUUGGAUAUCAUAACGCACGUGUUUGAGGAGUUGCCCUCGAGGACCGUGGUUGGAUUGUAUUCUUUUCAAUAUAGUCUUUCUUUGUGAAAUGAAGAAUUUAAAACAUUUUAUGGACUCUGUAUCAUUGCUGUACAAGAUUUGGAGAUCCUAUUUGAAAAAUGGUGGGGAUG